AUGAGAUACUUCUUCGCUCUCCCCGUCCUGGCUGUUUCAGCCCUUGCCAUGCCCACCAAUGAUGGCCGCAAGGGAGGUGAGGAGCCCUCCGCCCCGGAGACUGUCUGCGAAAGCCACCAAACUGUCGUGUGUAGCGGCAACGGCAACGGUGGUCUGCUCUCCCUGGGUAACAUCCUUUCUGGCGCCCUCGGCAAGAGCUGCUCCGGCGGCGAUGUCUACUGCUGCUCACAGAAGGACGUGGAGCAGUCUGGUCUGAUCAACAUUGAUCUCAACUUGCAGUGCAGCUUGAACCACCUUCUUUAA